GGGAUUGGAAUGUUGGGAGACGUGCAGAACCGCAGUGUUCCAGUGCACACACACACACAGGAUGUGACAGAAGCUGAUAGACGAAGAGCUGAAGACAUGGCACCAACGCAUAAUGCAAAGGCAGGAGAUCUGAUCGAGAUAUCCCGUGGGCUCUAUAAGCACUGGGCCGUCUACAUCGGAGAUAAUGAAGUGGUUCAUUUCGGUAAAGGCGGUGGUAACUCAUCUGGCUCGUCCAACUUUCUGAGCCGAAGCCCCGGAGAGGUGAAGCGUGAGAAGUUCACCAAAGUGGUCGGCAGUCACAGUUGGAAGGUCAACAAUCUGCUGGAUGAAAAGUACCAUGCUCGUGACCCUUCCGUCAUAGUGAAGGAGGCCUGUGCGAGGGUGGGCCGCGAUCGAAAGUACGAUGUUGGCAAUUCCAACUGUGAGCACUUUGCUACCAACAUGCGAUACGGCAAUCCAGAGUCUCGACAGGUGAGAAAUGUCAUUAUUGCUGCCACCGUCGUAAACACCACAGGCACCGCAGCCGCAGCAUUCGGCACAGGCGUCGCAAUCGCCGCCGGAGCCCCCGUUAUCUUUGCAGGACUCGUAGUAGCCGGGGCAGUGGCUGGCAUUGCUGCUGUGUUGGGCAUUAAAGAUUUAACCAAUUAAGAGGAACAGGAAGACAACAAGAAGAAAACAAGAACAAAUUCCAAACACUGGCAACAAUGUAUGUUUGCAUGUAGCUGACAGUGAUUAUGAUUUAAACUUUUUAAAUAAACGAUUUCACUCC